CACUGGUUGCUCCGUUUCCACGCCAUCCGUCAUCCAGCAUCCGGCAUCCGGUCCACGAUAUUCCUCCAUCGCAACCCAAAACGGAAAACGGAAAAGCAAAACGCCAAAAGAGAGCGCCGCCCACAGAUUGAAGGAGAAAUCUGAAUGGAGACUGGUUGCUUGGCCAAGGAUUUCACUUUCGCUUUCUGAGCCGGUUUUGGCCAGUGGUUGCCAGAAGCAACCAGGUGGCUUCUCCGCUUACACCACCCUUGGAUUCCCAGUCCAAGUUUAUUCAAUGCACCUCGUUGGAGAUCGAUAGUGAAACUAUUAAAUCUACAUUGUUGAAACUUUAAAUGCCAGUUUAGGACUUUGAUUUUGGAAUAUUCAUUUGGGAACUCUACUCCUGGAAUACACAUUUUGGAAUAACCUAUGGAUUGUCAUCUAUAUGGAACUCAUUUUUGGAUUAACUCAUAAAGAUUUAAGUGGAGUAUUAUCUCUGGAUUUCAAUAUACUUUUGGAAGGAGAAACCUGAGCCUGGAAGCUAAGGAAUAAUUCUUUGAAAGAAAUCUGAAUUUUAUAUUUUGAACAAUUCUGAUAUUGAAAAUUGUCAUCGAGGCCAUAAGUAACACAUCCUUGGACAGUGAUGUUGGAGUUCUUAAACCUUAAAUACUACAUUCUAAAUUGGAUCAUUGCAAAUCAUUCUUUUGACCAAAAUAUCCUGGAUACUGAACUCUGAAACCUAAUUCUUUUGGACUCCUAUGGAUAUUAAAAUUAUUAUAAGAAGUUUCUUAACUUAUGCUUCGUGUUCCUGAUCCUACUCUACGCCAUAUACUUAGUAUCUGUUCUAAAAAACUCAACUAAUGUACUUCUGUCAUGUGUGGAGUGUUCUUGAAAAUCAUUGAAAACCCCUUGCCACAUCUUAAACCCACCCUAACGGAACACCCAAUUUCCUCGAUCAUUUGAUAACCUCUAAGAUCAGCUACCCCGCUGGGUUUAGAAGCCACCAAAUUUUAGUAGCCUCUUCGCUCAUCAACUUCCGGCCAAACGAAUGCAUUCGCGGUACGGCUUUGACUGCCAAACGCGCCAUCCCCACCACCAUCAGCAGCACCAGCAGCAGCAACAGCAGCAGCUCCAGCUCCAGCACCACCAGCAGUUCCAGUCAGCGACUGCCCCGCCAGCUUUCAGCCCCACAACUGCUGCUGCCGUGGCCUACUCCAAUCUGCUGGAGAAGUGUCGGUGCAAGCAACCAGUGGCCACCAAUUCCGUGGCGCCCGUACCACCGCCGCCCGCCCAGCUGCAGUUGCAGCUGCAUCAUCAUCACCACCACCAUCACCACCAGACUUUCGUGGCCACUGCCACAGCUGCCAGCUAUAGCAACUGCUCUGGAAUUGGAGCGGGAACGGGCACUAGUACGGUUAGUGGAGCCAGUGCGUGCUCCUCAGCCUCUGCUUCUUGCGCCACAGCUGCUGGAGCCAGCAAUUCGGUGCUGUCGGCGGGUGGAUCGGCCACCAGUGCCACCAUGUACCAUCAUCAUCAUCGACGCCACAACAACUUGUCCUACUGCGGUGUUUCCGGACAGGAGCAAAACUACCAAGUGCAAUAUGUGGACUCGGAGUUGUAUCACAGCAACUCCAGCCAGACACAAAUGACGUAUCCAUUCUGCCCGGUUGGCGAUUACCAGGGCAACGGCCAAACAGCGUAUUACUCGACCACGGGUCAGUACGGAGCCACCUCCUCGGCGGGCGGCUCCUCAAAUGGGGCCCACUCCACAACGCUGCCGUACCUGGUGCCGGUGGAGGAGGGCCUGCUGCUCAAUGGCUCCGCACACUCGCUGUCCCAGGCACAAUCCCAGUCGCAGUCACAGUCGCAUGGACGCGAUUCGCCGCACAGCCUGACGGUGAGUAGUCGGGAGUGGGGGGAGCGGGAUGAUGGGGAGGCAGAGCGGGUGAACGUGAACGGAACUAAUCGCCACUGGGUGCAGGAGGUCGCGUACAUUCAGGAGGCGCAGAGCACGCCCCAGACGCCCACCUCGACGACCACAACGCAUUCGGCGAGCGGCGGCAGCCUGGGCACCGGCGGUGGCGGUGCCUCCCCGGACUCGGAGCAGAGUGCGCUCGGUAGCAGCAACAAGAUUGCCUCGGCAACGAUCAAGUGGCUGUCGCGCAACUACGAGACAGCGGACGGGGUGAGCCUGCCCAGGAGUACAUUGUACAACCACUACAUGCAGCACUGCAGCGAACAGAAGCUGGAGCCCGUGAAUGCAGCCAGUUUCGGCAAGCUGAUACGCUCGGUGUUCUCCGGCCUGCGCACACGUCGCCUGGGCACGCGCGGCAACUCCAAGUACCAUUACUAUGGCAUCCGCAUCAAGCCCGGCUCGCUGCUGAAUCAUCAAACGAUGGACGACAAGCAGAUGCUGGGCUCUGGCUAUGGGCCAUCAUCUGGUGGAUCUAGCGGCGGCGGAUCCAGUGGCGGAGCCCUGGUAAGCGUAAGCAGCAGUACCGCCGGCCAAAUGGGCUCUAAUGGUCUGGGCGGUGGCCAGGGACAGCGACACAGCGGCACCAAGAAGCACACCUUUAAGCCGGAGACCUAUGAGGCUUGCUUACAGUACAUUGGCGAUGGAAGCAGUGCCCUGCCCUCGUUCCCGGCCAUCGAGCUGAGCCAUAGCUUCAAUAGCGAACUAACGCUGGAGGAUGUGGAUACAUUCCGUGCUCUGUAUCGCGAGCAUUGUGAGUCCUUCCUGGACGCCGUGCUGAACCUGGAAUUUGGCACCGUAGAGUUUCUGCUGCGCGACUUUUGGCGGGCGAGCGACAACAACAACCUGGACGAGUGCGAGGAGGAGAAGUACUUGAGCAAGACGAAGCUGUAUCUGUUGUGCCACUGCGCAGAAGUGCAAAAGUUUGUGCGAGAGGUUGACUAUCAGUUUUAUCAAAACACCGUCGAUGUCAUCAUUCCGGAUGUCCUCCGCUCCAUACCCAACGCCUUGACCCAGGCCAUUCGCAACUUUGCCAAGAAUCUGGAGAUCUGGCUGUGCGAGAGCAUGAUGGGCGUGCCAGAGCAGUUGGCUCAGAUCAAGACUAGUGCCGUCUCGGCCUUUUGCCAAACCCUACGCCGCUACACCUCGCUGAAUCAUCUGGCGCAGGCCGCUCGAGCAGUGCUCCAGAAUGGUGCCCAAAUCUCUCAGAUGCUCAGUGAUCUCAACCGAGUGGAUUUCCAUAAUGUUCAGGAGCAAGCAGCCUGGGUGAGUCAGUGUGCUCCCGCUGUGGUACAGCGCCUGGAGAAUGACUUCAAGGCCGCUUUACAGCAACAAAGCUCUUUGGAACAAUGGGCCACCUGGCUUCAACUGGUGGUGGAGUCCGCCAUGGAGGAGUACAAUGGGAAGCCCAGCUAUGCCAGAGCCGCCCGCCAGUUUCUGCUCAAGUGGAGCUUCUACAGCUCAAUGAUUAUCCGGGACCUGACACUCCGCUCCGCUUCCAGCUUUGGCAGCUUCCACCUCAUACGCCUGCUGUUCGAUGAGUACAUGUUUUACCUGGUGGAGCACAAGAUAGCCGAGGCACAGCACAAGACUGCCAUUGCUGUCAUUUGCGAGCGAAUGUGUGAUUUAACACAGAAAAAGGACAUGGACUUUGAGUUCGAGUGUCAGUUUGCCUACAUUACCAGCGACACGGAGCAUCAGACGACACCCAGCUCGGCCAGCAGUGGCGGCGGCGGCGACGUGGGCAACGAGGCCAAGCGACUGAAGCAGGAAUGAGGCGCCGUCAAAUGGAGGAAGUUCUUUAGUGUUUAUGUACCAAGUAAUCGUUGUCACCAGCUCAUUCAGCUCUGCAUUUAGUAGUCAAAAGCGUGUUGUAUAUCCGUAAACGUAGCCGUAACCCGUAUCCAUAUCCGUGUGUUAGUUUUUGUAGCCCUAAGUCAUGUCCCCUACCGCCAGCAUAGUCAGUCGAAAUUUAAGUGGUUAGUUUUAAGGCAGACUCCAGAGACUUGUGUAGGUAGGAAAAAGCUCUCUUUGGAUGUGUGGGAAAUGUGAUUUUAAUUGAUUUUUAUCUCGUUUUUUUCUAUUUUAAAACUAUUUUUAAAAGGUAUAAUAUCAAGGGAAUGUAAUUUUACUUGAUUCUUAUAAUUUUUUCUAUUUUAAAUCACAUUUCAUUAACUAAAAUUCUUUUUAAAACCUUUUACUUAAAGCAUAUUUAGUAGAAAAUGUUGUACUAGUACAAAUUAAUAGAGAUUUCCCUGAUGUAAAUUGUUUUUCCAAAGAUCCCUUCACCUGUCCAAGAGAGCUUUUUCUAAACCUUUAACGAGUAAAGGACUGCCCCCGCAUCGAAGUGAAGAGCCGUCCAGCAAGCAGCAGGCCAGGGUAAGAAAACCAGCUUCGUCUGGGCCCAGUCUGCCCUGAUCCUGCAUUCGUAGGAUAUACGAUUUAGUUUCUAAGUACAUGUGCAUUAGUAAUUGUAAUUAACGCCCAACUGGCAGGUGUCUAACGAUAACUUCAUCAGUUUUGUCUGGUUUCAACAAACACGAUCUUGUAUAUCAUAUAGCGCACGGCGCACACACAACACACACAUACCCUGCACUCGCACUCAGGUGGAUAGAUCGGAAGGUGUAUUAGGUUAUAGCUCACAUCGAAACAGCUUGCUCAAAUCCAAAGGGAACGAAACACUCGGCUCAAAACCCAACCCUAGGCUAAGUGAACAACAGGCCUUAAAUGUGCAAAGAUCAACUCUCAAUUUGGAAACAAUACAAUUUACCAUAUAUAUAUAUAUAUAUAUUAUAUAUAAAUAUAUACAUAAAUGUAUAUGUAUAUUUUAACUACAAGGAAUCAUUUUAUUACGAGAAAGCAUGUAUUUUAACAGAGAAAGUCGGGCGCUUAUCAAUAGUAUUUUAUGCCAUUUUGGCAGCAGCAAACGAGGCCAGUUUUUUAAGUCAAGUAACUAGCAUUUUAGCCAACUGAAAAAGGGGACGUUCUGCAAUGUCGUCACCAACUGUCUAGUCGUAAAGCACACACACUUACACACACAUCUGAACUAUAUGCUCUGUCUGGCACAAGAAACCGAUGAUAAUAACUAGAGCUCCCUUUCGGAGGCAACUGGUUCUGCUCAAACUGCAAAUCGCUUAGCUACCACCUAAGUUCUAUUGGUUGUUGAACAAAAAAGAAGAAAUAAUACAUUGAAAACUGAAAUUUUAAAAUGUCAAAACUAUUUAUGUAU